AUAGACACCCCUUGCUAAAAUGGCCGACGCCGACGAAGAUACCAUGCCCCGUGGCCCAAGCCAAGGCACCGAGGACAUCGACCUCUCCGACGAAACGCAAGACUUUCGCUUUUUGACUUCCAUUUCAAAAUCAGAAUCCUCCCUCCCCAAACGCGGUGAAAAAGACUUUGAGCCCCACGCCACCGCCCUACAAUCCAAUACCCUCGCCGCGUCCCGCGAUGCCAUGCACAAUGCUCUCUCGUAUCAACGCACCCAUGCGCCGAAGGGCAUGACAGUCGGGCAUUACCAUCCUGAGUCGGGAAUGGCGUGGACGAUGAAUCCCAAGGGUCCGUUGUUUGCGAAGAUGGGGCAUGUUCGCAGCGCCAAGGACGAUCCGCUCGGUGGGGGUGUGGAGGAGAGAGGGCAGAGAAUGUGGUUGCUACCCGAGGAAGUCCUGUAUUUGGUGGAGAGAGGGACGCUGGAUGUCCGCUGGCCGCCUGCGGUGGAAGGAGAGGAAGGCUUGCCGAUGAGUUUGCAGGGUGCUUAUGCGAUGUUCAUCGGUGAUGGUGAAGGCGGACUGACAUUAGAGCGGUACUCCGUCUACUCGGGUUUGAAACGCAUGGGCUACACCGUCGUUCGCGCGCCGACAUGGAACUCCCCCGAUCCACCCAACGGAGCAGACUGCUAUCCGCCCUUACGACAAGCGACCUGGCAAACCGGCCUGCUCAACUCCGCUUCACUAUGGAAAAUGCUCUUCGCAUGGCGCUCCACUCCCUCCCCACCUCCCUCACCAACCGAUCCCAUCAUCCAACCCGGAGACUCCUUCCGCUCCUACGACGCCAUCUAUCACCGCCUAGCUCUAAUCCCCUUCUACAACCCCUCCCUGCAAACCCAACCCAACCCCUCCAACCCCGAAGCAGUAGAAACAACCCCACCCUUCCGCAUAACCUACCACAUCUACAAACCCGGCUCAACAACCUACAAGAAAUCCUCCCCCGGCACUCCCGACUUCCGCAUCGCAGUCGUCAACGCGCGGGAGUCCCACCCGCCUACCCUCCAACAGCUAGAUGCGCUAAUGGAGACGUGUCCGUGGGAUCCACCCAAGGAGGGAGCGAACAUGUACGCGAAAUUGAGGCAUGGGUAUAAGAAUGUGAUUUUGGCGGUGGUGGACCAGGGGGUUGCGAGUUUUGUGAGGGUGGCGGAUGCGGCGUUUGGGACGGAGAGGGUUUUUGAGAGGAGGGCGAAGCAGAGUGGAGGGAAGAGGGGUGGGAAGGGUGUGAGGGGAGGGAGAGGUGGGAGGGGGAGGGAUGGUGGGCGGUGA